CACGAUCGGGCACAGUGUACGAUUACUCGUUUACGUCACGCCUACGAGAUGGAAAAUCUUCGUCUAACUUCCGUUCCGUCGACACCCCCCCCCCCCAUCGCUUCGAAUUCCUCGCACGAUGCCAAACUGGAUUCGAUCCUUGGGUGUAUCCUUGCUCUGUCACGCGAAGAAACGAUACGACGCCUCGGUCGACAACGGUUGCCGGGAUCACAACCACAACUACAAGCACAACGACAAGGAUAUCACUUUAUCCUCUCGCUAGGUCAACGAAAGCCAACGGGAAAGAAGUUUAGCACCGAACAACCCAUCCCAAAAAAAAACAUACCGUUCGACACCGAUUCUCAUCACCCACUCACCACCAUGCCACAAAAGAGGAAGCGAACCACCGGGGCCUCCUCGGUGCUCUGGAUGGCGGCCCUCGCCUCCGCGACCGUCCUCGCAACCGGGAUCGAGAUCGGCGGCUCGGGCCUCCGCCGCAACCACGGAAGCAGCGGCGCCACCACCGGAAAGUGGUCCAAGGCCGAGCAGGAGCAGCGCCGGUCCCGGACCCUCCAGAGCCUCACGGGGUCCUCCAGCGCCAAGGACUCGUGCAACGCCGCCAAGGCCAGGGAGGAAGCCGACAUUGCACCCUCCGGGGGAACCUCGUCGUGCAAGUGCGAACAAUCCGUCCUGGACGAGCGCUACGCCGCCUUUAUCGAUCCGGCCAACCAGCCCAUCGUCUACAGGCUCGAGUGCCUCGACCAGCGGUGCUCGUACUGCAGCCCGGACGGCCAGACCUGCGACCGCUUUUCCUACGGGGCCAUCUUCGAAGAGAUCCAGUACCGGGACGGGGUUGCCAUCAAGAACGGCGUGACGCAGGUGGCGUACUUCGAGACCAACCAGUACGUCGUCGGACGGCCGGAAGCCGUGGUGUACACCGAGUACAACGAUCCCUCCGCCAACGGGAACCACGGCUGCUCGAUGCAGAUCGACGGCCUCGAGUGUGCCUUGUGCGAGUACAUCGAGUGUCCCUCCGGCGACGAAGACGGGGACGACUCCUUCUACGGCCUCAACGUGAUCUGCUCCAACAUCAAGAUCGGGGACGGGACGGGCAACCUCGUCCCCGCCAACGACUUCCAGACCUGCGACCCGGGCCAGCUGGAAGCCAUCGGAGCGACCCAGGGCGUCUUUGAGAUGUACGACCCGGACUACGGGCAGUGCUACACCUCCGUCGAGGGGUGCGACCGCGACACGCUGGAACUGGAACAGACGGGGUACUACGAAUGCUCCUGCAAGAACGGGGACCUUCUGACCGACGGGACGUCCCCCUUUUUGCAGAACGUCGGGCUCGAGUGCACCACCGAAGGGCUCUCGAACACGCUGGUCCUGGGCGGCGACACCGAGACCGACGAGCUCUGCCGGUCCCUCACGUCCGACACCAUCACCCGGACGUACUCGUCCUACGUCGAGGAAGACUCGGUCCGGACCAUCGAGCACAAGGACGGGACCGUGGUUUCCAUCCGGAAGUGGGACUGCCAGAACACCGGGGGGACCUCCGAGCGGUGCGGAAAGUGCGAGGCGACGAUCAAUGGGAGCGCCUGCAACUCCUGCACCAUGAACGCCUGCGAGCUGGGAGCGGAGGACGGCGUGCAAGCCGCCUCGAUCGACUGCAGCAACUCCGAUCCGGGCCUCGGCAAGAUCGACCUGUGCCUGCGGGCCACCCUGGCCGGGAACGUCUUUGAGCCCUUUGGGGUGUGCGGAUUCGGUUCCGCCAAGAAGGUCGAGGAGGUCCUCCCUCCCCCCACCGAGGCACCGGUGGCACCGGUGGCCAACAUUCCGGAGCCCGUCAGCCUCCUGGCCUGCAACGAAAAACGCCUCGCCCUGCUCAACCGGGGACACUCUAUCGACAACGACUACAUGGUCUGCGAAUGUCUCGAGAUCGACGAAACCUCGGCGAUCGACUCGGGAACCCUGUUGAGCUGCACCACCAACGGGGGCUCGUGCGGGACGACCAACGGCGGGAGCGUCUGCAACGCGGCGUACGGAACCAACGAGGAAAACGGGGCCUGCUUCCGCGAGGAGCUCGUCCAGGGAUUCCUGCCGGACGGGAACCUCACGCCCCUCACCCGGACCACCACCUACACGCACGGGACCGCGCUGGGAAACACGCUGAUCGGCCGGACCAUGGCCCUGACGGAAUACGACGCCAACCGCUGCGACCUUGCCGUGGACGGCGUGACCUGCGCCUCGUGCGAGCUCAGGGAGUGCUCCGAUCCGGGCGUCGGCCUCCGGCCGCUCGUCGACUGCUCCAACAUCAUCGACCACCCGAUCUUCUACCUGGACACCUGCGACAAGUUCCCCGGCUACAACGAGGGACUGAUCCUCCGGCUGGCCGCCGGUGCCAACGGGGAGGCCAACGACAAGACGAACUUCAACACCUGCAGCAAGGAAACCCUUGGAGAAGGCCCCGACAGCGGUGCCGCGGUGGAUCCCUCUCUCCCGACCACCUGCCAGGGAGCCCAGCCCAUCGUCCUCCCGGAGAUGAAACUGGAUCCCAAGCUCGCUCGAUCCUCCUCCAACGACAAUUUUUCCAUCGUCUCCUUUGUUUCCUCUACCGUCGGUCUCGCCCCGCUCUCGCCCCCGAUCGAGUCCUGUGCGAACAGCGGCGGAGGAGCAAGCGAGGAUUCCCCGAGCCUUUGGUAUUCCCUGGUCGGAUCCGGCAAGGGCAUCCGGGCCUCGGUGUGCCGGGACCCCACCAACUUUGAUGCGGUGAUCUCCGUGUACGCCGCCUCGUCCUGCGACGACCUGGUGUGCGUUUCCGGGUCGGCGUCCGAGGAGAGCACCGGCGAAACCGGCAGUUCCUGCGACACCCACUGGGUGGCCGAGGAGGGAACCACCUACUACAUUCGGGUCCACGGGAGUUCUUCCGCCGAGACCGGUUCCUUCAACCUCUUCCUGGAGACCCUGACCAACGACGUCACCGAGCUCUGCUCGGACGAAAACAGCGAGGGCACCGUUGACGAGGCCUGCGUCGCCUGUUCGAAGGAACGGGCCAACCGGAUCGCCAUGUUCGACGAUCCGAACGACGUCGACUGCCGGUGCAUCGAAAACGAUGGCACCGGUGGAUUCCACCUGACCUGCGUCUACGUGAGCUGCCUCAAGUGCAACCCCAGGCAGGAUCGCUGCGGAUUCGACACAUUCGAGCUCGACAUCGAGAGCGAGGGGGGCGUGUCCUCCCUCGGCAGCUACGAAAGCUUUUACUUCAUGAACGGAAACGGAGAAGAGAACCAGGCCAACGAAAUUGCCAUCAUCAAGGACCAGGAAUGCCUGGAGAUGCGCGAUCCCUACCAGCAGUGCAUGAUGGCAAAGGAAGAGAUGACGGGGGGAGAGGACUCGAAGGUCUUUUGCGACUGCCGGGGGAUCUCGGAAGAGGGAGACUACAUGCUCCUCUGUAGCAUCUACGAUGCCCACGACUACUGCAGCACCGGCAGCAGCGGAGGCGACGAGAUCUGCGCGACCAUCCUGUUCGGACAAACGAUCAGCCAGUACGGGGCCGUGGCAUCCGACUUUCGGACCUAUAACUUCCGGUCCGGGGGCGAGGACCGGGAGCUGGUGGUGGACCGCAGCACGGACGAGUGCACCGUCACGGUGAACGACCAGCAGUGCUCAAGCUGCCGGGUAAUCGAGUGCGACACCGGGCCCGGCCGGGAGGACGCCCUGGACGUCUCGGCCAGGGUCGGCGCGGGCACCCGCGCCUUUCACGAUCUGUCGAUCGACUGCUCGAACGUCUUUGGGGGGGAGACGGCCACCUACGAGUGCGGGAGUGCCGGCGUGGGCGAGUUGUCGCUCCUUGCCGGCGAGCUCUCGGCCGCGUCGGAAGCCGAGGCCCCGUCGCCGACCCCGCCCCAGACCCUGCCCCCCAACGCCUUCCCACCGACGCUGCCCCCCGUGACGAAACCGACCCUCGCUCCGGAGACGCCGGCCUCCGCGCCCCCGGUUGAACCCAACACCACGACCCUGGUCUACGACGAGGGAGCCGGGGGAGAAGGAGAGAGCUCCGGGGCAUUCGGGCCGCGGUGGUCCCACGCGCAAACCACGAUGGCCUCGGCCGCGGCGACCGCGGUGCUGGCCAUUUCGCUGGUGCUGUAGCCGCGUCGUCCCGAAGUUUUGGCAAACACAACUAUCGCAAUCGAUUGGAAUGCUUUGCGAACAAAAUUGUAACAAUAGUAAACGUAAAUACAUGGGAUAUAAAUGUUUUAAAAAACUUGACACUCCAUACUCUGCUACAAGGGCUGUAGGGCGAAGGACGCUUUCUUAUAACUACUUGGUACUAGGUUUGCUGUACGCAUCCCUUGCUCUGAGCACCAAAUGUAAUGAACCAAAAGGAUCUAGUACGAAUCAGAUUCGAGUGAAGUGUAGAACUCUGUGCCCUGACCCCGCAAAUAGAAAGACCUGACUUCUUGUCAAUGGUCCUACCCUGCUAGAGGCAUUUUGGAACCUGUUAUUGUUGUUCUCGAGAUACGGGUAUUUUUGCUUUACAAUCACUUCCUCAUGAUCAUACCGCGAUUCGUAAGGCAUCAGUUCACAUCAUGUGUGGAUUGAUAACCCAUGAACCGAGAGAAGGUAUUUAGUAGGAACGUCGCUGUUGGGUGAGCAAGUAUGGGUUCAAAGACAACACUCUCUCUUGGCAAAGUUGCUUGUGACAUGGAAUGAAGUGAAAUGGAUGCA